CCCGUUCCUGCCGCCGCUGCCGCCGCUCGCCCGCCCGCCGUCUCCGCGAGCUCUCUGGCGCCCACAACGUCCGAGCCGUUUUCUAGACGCCGGCAACUGCCCGCUUAGCCUGCAGGGAAGCCGCCGUUGCCCCGUCUGCUUACCCGAGAGCGGCUUUUGGGCUCAGAAAGGCGGGAAAUAUCGUGAUUUGAAGAUCUGUUUUCAGACAUUUGCAGUACUAAAAUGGCUUCUGCUGUAAUUAGUUCAGUCCCUACAACUGCAUCUAGAUUUGCUCUUUUGCAAGUUGAUAGUGGCAGUGGCUCUGAUUCAGAAUCUGGAAAGGGAAGAAGUAAUCAAAGUGGUGGAAAGACUCAAACUGCAGGCAACAAGUCAACUAUAAAUGAAAAGAAAAAGGAAAAGAGGAGGAAAAAGAAGGAGCAGCAGCAGAGUGAAGCAAAUGAGCUCAGAAAUCUUGCUUUUAAAAAAAUUCCUCCCAAAGCCUCCCAUGGAGCCGGCUUCUCUUUGCAAGAGCAAGCUUUCAACCACACAGGGAGGAAAGACUCCCAGGAAGAGGAUUGGCAACAGUGGAGGCAAAGAGAUGAGCAGCUGACUUCUGAAAUGUUUGAAGCAGACCUUGAAAAAGCUUUACUUUUAAGCAAACUGGAAUAUGAAGAACACAGAAAGGAAUAUGAACAUGUUGAAAAUACAUCUCUUCCAUCAAAGGCUAUACAUAAAAAAGAAAAACGAAAAUUUCAUCAAGGAAAAGACAAACCUCUCACAGUGUCUUUAAAAGAUUUUCAGUCUGAUUCUAACAUAGAUCAUUUACCCAAAAGGCAAGAGGAAUUGAACUCGCCACAUACUCUCUUGAAUGAUGGCGAAUUCUUCAAUAGACUGGAAGAUGAUAUGCAUAAAAUUCUAAAUAAAGAAAAAAGAAGGGAGCCUAUCACAGAUUAUGGAAUAGAUAACAGUACAUUUUGUGACCGCACACAGGGUAUUUUUCUAAAAGAUGGAAGACUAGAGAGAUCAAAAUUGGAACUUGAAAAGAAAGAUGCAGAAAUCCAGCAAUUAAAGAGUGUAAUCAGUCAAUGGGAGGCAAAAUACAAGGAAGUAAAAGCACGAAAUGCACAGCUACUGAAAAUGCUUCAAGAAGGUGAAAUGAAAGAUAAAGCUGAAAUCCUCCUUCAGGUUGAUGAAUCUCAGAGUAUUAAGAAUGAGUUAACUUUACAGGUUGCCAGUCUUCAUGCUGCAUUGGAACAAGAAAGAUCUAAAGUGAAAAUACUGCAAGCCGAAUUAACAAGAUACCAGGGUGGAAGAAAAGGGAAGAGAAACUCAGAAUCUGACCAGGGCAGAUGAUUUCCUUUAUACUAAAUUCAGAGCCAAAAAGAGGAAUAUUGAUCUUCAGGGUUUUGCAGAAAUGUAUAUUUAUACUACUGCUUAACUAUGCAGGUUUUGGGGGGUGGGGAGGGGGAGAUGAGGGGUAGUGAUUAAAGUUUAAUUAACUAACAGUUAAUUCAAUAUACUGCUAUUCUGGUUUAAAGUUGGAAAUGAAUUACAUUAAUGCUCUGUGUUCUAAUGCUGCAGAUCUAGUUUUUCAUCAAUCAAAAAAUUGUCAUUUUUAUUAUUCUAGUAUGUAUAAUUUCAUUGAAAAAUAAAUAAUAGUUAAUAGCUCUUCUUUCAA